CGCUAAUUAAAAGUUGUCAACGACUGGUCAUUUUGGGUGCAUAUUGUCUGCAAAACUGCGUCUGGCAAAUUGCGGAGUGGCGUAGAGGAGAAAUGGCGGAAUCUCACAAGCAAGAAGAAUACUUCGAUGUUCUGACGGAAACUGGCGAAAAAACUGGCAUCUCCAAACCAAGGGGAGAUGUCCAUCGUGAUGGUGAUUACCACCGAGCUGUUCAUGUUUGGAUUUUUGCUGAGAGUACACAAGAACUGCUUCUUCAACGACGAGCUGAUUGUAAGGACUCAUGGCCAGGGUUGUGGGAUAUCUCAAGUGCAGGUCACAUUUCAGCUGGUGAUUCAUCAUUGAUCUCUGCCCAGAGGGAGCUUCAUGAAGAGCUUGGAAUAAAGCUCCCGGAGGAUGCAUUUGAGAUGAUAUUCAUCUUUCUUCAAGAAUGUGUCAUAAAUGAUGGGAAGUUCAUCAAUAAUGAAUUUAAUGAUGUAUAUCUUGUAACAACUCGCGACCCAAUUCCUCUGGAGGCAUUUACUUUGCAGCAAGAAGAGGUCUCUGCUGUAAAGUAUAUCUCUUACGAGGAGUAUAGAAAUGUUCUUGCUAAAGAUCAUCCUGACUAUGUGCCCUAUGAUAUAAAUGGACAAUAUGGUCAACUCUUUGAAAUAAUUAAACGAAGGUACUAUGAGAACACUGUGGGACGCACUUUGACUCUACAGAAGCAACUCCAUCGUUAUGCUCCCUUUUCCCUUAAUCCGGAGUUGACAGGGCUUACAGAUGCAGACAAGGAGGCUUUGGUUUUACUUAUUAAGGCUGCAAAAAUCAUGGAUGAGAUCUUUUAUCUUCAGGUUUGGUACAGUAAUCCGGUUUUAAGAGAUUGGUUGAAGAAUAAUGCUGAUGCAACACAGCUAGACAAGCUAAAGUGGGCGUAUUAUUUGAUCAACAAGAGUCCAUGGUCCUGCCUAGAUGAAAAUGAGGCUUUUUUAACAACUGCAGAUUCAGCUUUGAAGUUACUUCCUCAAGCCACAAAACCAGUUGCUGGCUGGAGGGGUAUUGAAUACAGAGCUACAUUUCCUAUGGAAAAACCUCCUGGAGCGAACUUCUACCCUCCAGACAUGGACAAAACGGAGUUUGAGUUGUGGAAGAAUAGUCUAGAAGUGGAGCACCAACAAGAGGCAACUGGCUUUUUCACUAUUAUCAGGAGGCGUAAUGAUUUCAGUUUAAAUUCCUCUCUUUCUAGUAAAACAGCUGACGGCACAAAUCAUCUGGAGUCUGCAUUUGAUCUGCAGUGCAUCCCUUACUCUCAAGUAUAUAGACCUUUGCUCACAGAGGCUGCGGAUCUAUUGCAUCAAGCUGGGGACAUGGUCAGUUCACCUAGUUUGAAGAAAUUGCUACAUACCAAGGCUGAUGCCUUUCUUUCAAAUGACUACUACGACUCUGACAUAGCUUGGAUGGAAUUGGAUUCGAAGCUGGAUAUUACAAUUGGUCCAUAUGAGACAUAUGAAGAUGCACUUUUUGGGUACAAGGCUACAUUUGAAGCAUUCAUUGGAGUUCGGGAUGACAAAGCAACAGCUCAACUUAAAGUUUUUGGUGAUAAUUUGCAGUUUCUUGAAGAAAAUCUUCCAAUGGAUGCUGCGUUCAAGUCAAAAGAGAUCAAGGCUGCUCCUAUUCGUGUUAUUCAGCUUAUUUAUAAUGCAGGGGUGAGUGCUAUGUGA